AUGGCGCAAGACCAGCCGGCCGAAGGUUCGGCCCCAACUCCCAAGGCGAGUGAAAAUGGGGACGUAGACACGGAUCUUGCACGACCAGCAGUGCAAGAGCGUCGCGGGUCUGCGUUCCUGAAAUUCCUCUCCUCCUUGAUGGGCUCAAAGAACCCGCUCGCCCAUGCGGCGGAUCCACAGAAGAACACCGUGUGGUUGCUGGAUAACACGGCCUAUCAGCCUGUCUCGGAUACGUCGAAUCAAGGAAACACUGCGCAAUCAUGGCAGGCCGAAUUCGUUGUAUGUAUCUUCGAGGCGGAAGGUCGCAAAGAUGUCGGCAAGCUCGUUGCUGCCAUCGCUGAUCAUAUCGGUAUCGAUGGGGAGUAUGGCCGGGAUGAUCAGGAGACACGCGAGCGUAUUGCGAAGCGUGUACAGCCCUUUCUGGAUCAGGUCUCUCCCGCGCGCACGGUCAAGCUGGAAGUGAUCAUAGAUGGAGUCAAACAGACGCAUUCACUUGGUGGAUCAGACCGUAACGGCAUCAUCAGCCAGAUUGUUGAUCUCGGCGCAUCUGGAGUGACAGAUGGCACGGUUAUCCAUCCACGAGCUCAGAAUUUCAACGAGCCAACGGCGACGAUGGAAACCCACUUCGCCGCACCCGAGGGUUGGAUGGUGAUCUCGGACAUUGACGACACGAUCAAGUGGACGAUGACGCGCGAGCCAACGGGGAUUCUUCGCACGACCUUUGCCGAGGAGCCCGUUCCUAUCGCCGGUAUGCCGGAGUUCUAUCGGCAUGUCCAAGACGAGUUGAAACCGACGUGGUUCUACCUCUCGGCCUCGCCUUACAAUUUGUACCCAUUCCUGCACCAGUUCCUGCACGAGAACUACCUGCCAGGAACGCUUAUCCUGCGUGACUAUUCUUGGAUGGAUAUUAGCGGGCUGAUCAAGUCCUUUACCGAGAAUACUCAGGAGUACAAGGUUGAUGGGAUGGAGAAGAUCCGGAGCUGGUUCCCGCGACGGAGGGUGCUUUGUAUUGGGGAUUCAACACAGAAGGAUCCCGAGGCUUAUGCGGAGAUGUACAACCGUUAUCCCGGGUGGAUUCAUGCUAUCAUUAUACGGAAGGUUACUGAUGUGGAACAUAUGGAAGAGAAGAACAAGCCGGAGAGAUUUGAGGAAGCAUUUAAGAACGUCCCGGCUUCCGUUUGGACCCUCUUUGAGGAUACGAAGGAGCUGUAUGCUUUUGUUGAUGGGCUGGGAAUGGAAGAUCAGGCUUUGUAG